CCCAGCCACAUCCUGCACCAGGACAGCGGCCUGGGCUACAAGGACUUGGACCUCAUCUUCUGCGCCGACCUCAAGGGGGAAGCCGAAUUUCAGACUGUGAAGGACGUGGUCUUGGACUGCCUUUUGGAUUUCUUACCCGAGGGAGUGAACAAGGAGAAGAUCACCCCGCUCACCCUGAAGGAAGCUUAUGUGCAGAAAAUGGUAAAAGUAUGCAAUGAUUCAGACCGGUGGAGUCUCAUCUCCCUGUCCAACAACAGUGGCAAAAAUGUGGAGCUGAAAUUUGUGGACUCCCUGAGGAGGCAGUUUGAGUUCAGUGUAGACUCCUUUCAAAUCAAGCUAGACUCCCUUCUGCUUUUCUAUGAAUGCUCAGAGAAUCCAAUGACUGAAACUUUUCACCCAACUAUCAUUGGUGAGAGUGUCUAUGGGGAUUUCCAAGAAGCCUUUGAUCACCUCUGCAACAAGAUAAUUGCCACCAGAAACCCAGAAGAAAUCCGAGGAGGUGGCCUUCUUAAGUACUGCAACCUGUUGGUAAGGGGCUUCAGGGCUGCCUCAGAAUCUGAGAUCAAGUCCCUUCAGAGAUAUAUGUGUUCAAGGUUUUUCAUUGACUUCUCGGACAUUGGAGAACAGCAAAGAAAGUUGGAGUCUUACUUGCAGAACCACUUUGUGGGAUUAGAAGACCGCAAGUAUGACUAUCUCAUGACCCUUCAUGGUGUGGUGAAUGAGAGCACGGUGUGCCUGAUGGGACAUGAGAGAAGACAGACUCUAAAUCUUAUCACUAUGCUGGCCAUUCGGGUCUUAGCUGAACAAAAUAUCAUCCCCAAUGUGGCCAAUGUCACCUGCUAUUACCAGCCAGCCCCAUAUGUAGCAGAUGCCAAUUUUAGCAAUUACUAUAUUGCCCAGGUUCAGCCAGUGUUCACAUGCCAGCAGCACACAUAUUCUACUUGGUUGCCGUGUAAUUAAGGACCAUUUGAAUAUACCUGGUGGGGAGAACAUUUUUUAACUAAUAGAGCGGGGUGACACACUCCUUACAAUGGGGUGAUUUGUGCAAUGAUGAUCUGCUCUAGGUUUCAAGCUUAGUAAAGCUUGUGGUUCUUCUAAUAAAAAUAACGGGAGCAUGAUCUAGAAAAGAACCAGAAAUAAUUGGAUUCUACCCCAGAGCACAAGAGGCCUGUCAAUAAAAGCAAAUGGCUUCCCCUGAAAUAAACAUGGGAGGAAUGCAUGAUGACAAUAUGGGUUGGCGAUACCUUCUCCCAUAGCUUUGGCAUAGAGAAGGUUGGGAAGCCUUUUUAAAUUUUAUUUUACUGUUUCAAAGAAUGGGAUCUGCAAAAAGGGAGACUAUGGGAAGAAAACAAAACAACAAAACCCCAACAUUUAUAUAUAUUUUCAGGAAUUAAAAGUAGAGGCAUAAUGCAGAGAUAAGCUGAAAUAAAAUGUAUAUUGGAAUUACUGCAUUUGGGGCUUGCAGCAAGUGCUGUCUCUGGAAUGAUCGUGUAGGAUGUAUAGCUUGCUUGAAUAGAAUACUUUAACAGAAACAGCUUGCUCCAAAUGAACAGUAGGAGAUUGGUACAGUUAUAAAAACAGGGAGGGAGGAGGGAAAGUAUGAUGACAAAGUCCAUUUAUUUCCAGCUGUGUGCAUGCUUCCCUUUUUUUUUUUUUUUAAAUGUGAACUUGUAAGAAAAGCAGCUGUAGCAAACAAAAUAUGCUCAAGGACCAAAGAUUUCACAAAUAAUUAUCCAAGCAAAGAAAAUACAGUAGAAUAUAUAUAAUAUAUAUUAAAAAGAUGUUACUAUAUUUGUACACACCAAUAGCAAUCAAAAGUGCCUGAUGCCUUCAGAAAAUUUAAAGUGAGAAAAAUUAUAGUUUUGUGGUUUAACCAUACAUUUUGUUUUAUCAGGGACACAAGAAUUUUAAAAAAAACAAAACAAAAAAAAACAAAAAAAACACCAACAAAACAAACAAAAACAUAAGCUUGUGAAUAAGUGGUGGAGGAAAUGCCCUAUUUUUUUCUUGGCAAAUACUUGUAUAAAGUUAAUGUUCUUGUGUGUGUGUGUGUGUGUGUGUGUGUGUGUGUGUAUAUAAUACACACACACACACACGAGCUAUAUUAAAUAUGGUCUAGGAAAAUGUAG